AUGGCAACAAAGACAAGGGACAUUGCCCCUAUAGUAAAGGGCAAGAGGAGCCCUAGCACAUCCAAGACAAGGUCUCUUGCACACACAAAUGCCAUUAAUCUUAUUGCUUCAAAUAGGAAAAACACCUAUCUCAAGUCCAAAGUUUCUUCUAGUCCUGAGAAAACUCAAGGCAAGAAACCAACACCAUCAACUUAUCCCAACAUUCACCAUAAACAAACCCUAGAUUAUAGAACAUCGAUCGAUAAGCCUCCAUCUAAUUUUGAUAGUACUCAAGUCAAGAAGAAUCCAACAUUGUUGAAUGAUCUCAACAUUGUCCACAAUAAACCAAAUGUAGCUCGAGGAAGUUUGUUCGAUAAUAGGCCUUCUCUACCUUCUAGUCUUGACAAUGUUCAAGCCAAGAAGAUAGCUUCAUCAUCUUCUAGCAUUCAUAAUAAACAAAAUCCAGCUCAAAGAAGAUUAUCGUUUGAUAAUAAGCCUCCUCAAUCUCCUAAUCUUGAUCAUAAUACUCAUGGCAAGAAGAUAGCUAGUGAUACCAACACUCACAAUAAACAAAAUCUAGCUCGAAGGAGAUUGUCUUUCGAUCAUAGGCCUCCCCUAUCGUCUUUUCAUGAUCAUAGUCCUCAAAGCAUGAAACUAGUCCCAAAAAGUGAUCAUAGCAUUCAUAGGAAACAAACUCCAACACGAAGAAGAUUAUCGAUUGAUCAUAAGCCUCCCCUGUCUUCUCCCCAGCUAAAAAGCAGAACAUCCUCUACUCCUAGGGAGAGAGUUCUCAAACCAUCCAUGCCAUCUUCAAGUAAGAAUUCCACUUCUCAUAAACCCCUUUUGAAUAAAUUUCCCAAAACACCUCAUACUAGUACUAAGGAUGUUACUAGAAAACAACAUAGUGUUGGCCUCUAUGCUAAGGCAUUGAACAUGAACAAUACUAUAACCAAGAACCAAGAUAGUGAUAUCAUAGCAAAUAUCGUUCCUCAUGAGGGUAAAGAGGAAGACCAAGAACUAGUGAUUGAAGAUAAUGGAGAGCUAAGUGAAACUGUAAACAUUGAUGAAUACCUCAAGGCUGCAGAAUCAUCCUCAUUAUAUGUUGUGGAAAAUCAAGAAGUCAUCAAGAAUAUGGAAGUAGCAAAAGAAGAACAACUAUUGGUUGACGAAACAAGCAUCAUCGAAAACCAUAAAGAACUAGAAGAAAUCAAGAAUCUUGAGCCUAGUAAUCAUGACAUUGAAGAGAUCGAAAAACAAGAAAACGAGAAUCAAGAAGAGAAAGAGAAAGAUCAAGAAAAUGAAACACCAUUGGAUGAUUGUGAACAAAAGAAAGAUGAGGGAAAAGAAUUGGAUUUGAAGAUUGAUCAAGAAGAAAGUGAAGGAAGAAACAACAAAGAAAAGGAAGAAAACAACAACAAAGUUAGCACAACUACAAUGACAUUUGCAAAGGCUUAUACACAUUUGGUGCAUAAGAAGGAAAUUGUAGUAUCAUCUAAUGAUGUUAUUGAAGAAACAGCAAGUAAACUUAGAGAGCAAAGGAAGAAUAGGGUGAAAGCAUUGGCUAGUGCUUUUGAAACUGUCAUCUCUUUGCAAGAUUCCAAGUGA